CUUUGGGUUUUUUUUGUAAAGAUUUUUUCUUUGGGUUGGGAAGUUAGAGUCCAGGAGUCACGGAUCCUUCAAGAAAAGGUUUCUAGUUCUACAGCUUCUCUUUCCAGAUUGAUACACUGCAAGAACGAUGACAUCUGGCGUCGUUUUGCGGCAGAUUGCCUGCGUAUCAGGCGCUGGAGUGGAUACCCGUACCCGUUCUUCCUCUUCUUCAUUGAAGGUUGUAACUUUUUCCUGAGGAAGGUCAAAUUGCAGAGUAAUGGGUUUAGGGACAAAGGGCACUUUGUGUAUUAUUAUAAUGGGUCGCCGAGGUGUGUAGCCAAGAAGGAGAUUAAGAAAAAGUUGAAGAUGUUAAAAGGGUUGUCCAAAGAAUUGUCUAUGUUUGAGAAUUUGGGGUAUGUUGAGGAUCCUGAGAGCAGUUUGUCUGGUGAUGAUCAGGGCAAGAUUAUUAAGAGGCAACAGAGGUAUUAUUGAAACAGUUAGAAAAGUUAAAAGCAGAGGAGAAGGAAUUGAAGAGGAAAAGGAAAGAGGGGAAGGAAGAGUUAAAAGAGGAAAGAAAGAAAAAUAUGGUUGCCUGUGAAUCCUCCUCUUCAUCAUCAUCUGAAUCAAGUGACAGUGAAUGCAAUGAGGUUAUUGACAUGACUCGCCUAAGAGACAUAGAAUCCAUUGUGCGGCCAAUGCUGGAUGAAUCCACACCUGUUAUUGAUGCAGCAAUUACAUCAACCCUCCCAAUUUCACAGGCCCAAGAAGCAAGCAUUAUUAAGGGGCAUGGUUUUAAAGAUGACAAUCAUCGAAAUCAUGAAGGCCAAUGCUGCAUUGCUGGACCAAGUACUUCUGGAUUCGGUAAUGUGAGUGGUGUUAAUUGUAAUGUAGGUAGUAGAUCAGUUAGAGGAGCAUUGACGAAGAGAAUUGAAGUGUGCAUGGGUAAUAAGUGCAAGAAAUCAGGAGGAGCAGCAUUGCUUCAGGAGUUUGGAAGGGUAGUAGGUAUUGAGGGAGCUGUUGUUGGGUGCAAGUGUAUGGGAAAGUGCAGAUAUGGUCCUAAUGUUAGGGUCUUGAAUCCUGUUGAAGAGAUUCAGAGUGAGGGAAUGGAUGUUUCUGUUAGGUCUGUGGCUAACAAUCCUUUGUGCAUUGGGGUUGGCUUGGAGGAUGUGGGAGUUAUCGUAGCUAAUUUGUUUGGCGAAGAUGGGGAUGCUCUGGGAUGAACCCCUGCAUCUUAGAGAAUUGCUUCUUUGGUUGGAGCAUUAUGGAUCACAAUUAGGUGGAUGUUGGAUUUCUUUGCUUUUUAACUUUGGCUUUUGCAUUGUUACUGCCUCACUGGCUUACACCUGUGGAAGGCCCUCUAUUGAUACAAUACAAGCAGAAAUGUAUA